AUGGGUCGCGCAGGCGGGGGGGGGUUCUCCAGCAGCCGCUCGAGUAGGGGGUCCAGCCGCUCGAUUGCGGCGGUUCUGCUUUUGGCUUACAUUGCUCCAGAAGUGCUAGGAGCACUUCUUGAGGCCGAUCGAGCCCGCGCUGAUUACAAGUACCUGUACGAGUAUUCUUUCUCCCCUUCCACUCGAUCAGCCGUCUGCGCGCAGGUGCAGCUGAAAAGCCCGCUGAAAAGCCCCAGCCCAAGCCACUAUGAUCUUCAAGCUCGUCAGAAGAGCACAGACGGCAGCGGUUCCCCGGAAUCCGAAGAGCCGCACCUGAACUCCCACUCCCGUGGCGACACGGCGGCAUCAACCCUCGUUCAUUCGGGCGGCCCCACCGUGACCUGGCCUUCCUCCGGAGCCGUUUUCCAGUAUUCCGAUACCAAUGACCUGUUGCUGGGGGCCUAUUUUCGGAGUUUGAGCGGCGACACGUGGCAGCAGCAGGAGGCUGGAAUCGAGUCUCCCGGUCUGAAAGAAGCCGCUGCCGAUGCUGAAUCCCGGAACGCCAACCUUCCCGGAGAAGGCAGUAUUGCGUUGGGGAGUCUUGUUUGGGCGGAAAAGGUGGAUAGAAUCGAAGAAUUUUCUGUAGGGGAGAAAGACGGUUACGUGGGGGCUGACGCCAGCAGGGCCCUGGAAAGGACGCGCGCUGACGUCGGCAAGAGUGGCGCCCUGGAAGGAACGCGCUUGUACGCUUUUGACGCGGAUGCGAAGAAGGUCAUUACGGUCGUCCAGAUUCAGGUUGCUCUGCUGGGCCAGGCCACGUCGGUUCAACUGCAGAUGGAUAAGUUAUGCGAGGAGGCGAAGACGGGCUCUAAGGAGGGACUGCAUAAUCUUCUAACAGGCGUCUCGCCGAAGGAGUCGGUGGGUACAUUACGGAUUGUUUCUUCGUAA